CCUUCUCUGCUAAGGUCGUCGACGAGCGGACUCCUGCUUCCCUCCCCUGCAGGCAGCCAUGUCUAAAGAAAACGAAAAGUUCGAUGGCAGCAGCAGCACCGGUCCCCUCGACCUCGAUCACGAGAAAGGCGCCGUCCCCCCCUAUGUCGUCCCCGCAGACGACGACCGCUACCACUUCGACACACACGACCUCGACCGUGUCCAGCGAAGACUCAAGCAGCGCCAUGUACAAAUGAUCGCUAUUGCUGGGACCAUCGGAACUGGUCUCUUCCUUGGUUCAGGCGCUGCUCUUUCGGGUGCAGGCCCUCUCGGCGCCUUGAUCGCCUAUGCCCUCAUAGGCACUGUCGCUUAUGCCUCACUAUGCUCCGUCGGCGAGAUGACCUCUCACGCCCCCGUCUCGGGUACUUUCCCUCAUUUUGCUGCUCGUUGGGUCGACCCUGCUUUCGGUUUCGCUGUCGGAUGGAACUACUUCUAUGCACAAGCUAUCACCGUGCCUGUGGAAAUCACCGCCGCCCAAAUUUUGAUUACGUUCUGGGAUUCCGACAGCGGCCAUGCCGCGGGUUACACCGCCGUGCUUUGCGUCUGCGUCUGUGCGAUCAAUAUCUUCGGCGUUCGAUGGUUCGGUGAAUCCGAGUUUGUGUUCUCCAUAAUCAAGUUGCUCUUGAUCACGGGUCUCAUUCUCACUGGUCUCAUCGUCGAUCUUGGGGGAGGGCCCGACCACUCGCGCCGCGGCUUCCAGUACUGGAAGAACCCUGGCCCCAUCGCAGGUGCACAGCUCGUCAGCUCGGUGCCCACGGACCGCUUCUUGGGCAUCCUUUCCGUCUUUGUCCAGGCUGCGUUCUCCUUCCAGGGUAUGGAGCUCGUCGCGAUCGCUGCGUCGGAGACUGAGAGCCCGAGGACGAACAUCGCCAAGGCCGUUCGCCGUGUGUUCUACCGCAUCGUCGUCUUCUACAUCCUGGGCAUCCUGAUCACCGGCAUGUUGGUCCCGUACAACGACCCAGACCUGCUGAACGGCGUCGGGACCGCGACUCAGUCGCCCUACGUUAUUGCCAUGACCCGUUCCGGCAUCAAAAUCCUCCCUUCGAUCGUCAACGCAGGCAUCUUCACUAGCGCGUUCUCCGCCGGCAACAGUUUCCUCUUCUGCUCGUCGCGUAUCCUGUACGGCCUCGCGCUCCGGGGGCAGGCGCCCAAAAUCUUCACCAAGUGCACGAAGAGCGGCUUGCCCCUCGUGGCCGUGCUCUUCUGCUCGUGCUUUGCGUUCCUCGCGUUCAUGAACGUCAGCUCGGGAUCGCAGAACGUGUUCAACUGGUUUGUGUCCUUGUCAACCGUCGCCGGUUUCUUCACCUGGGCCGCCCUCAACCUGACCUACCUCCGCUUCUACGCCGGCUUCAAGGCGCAGGGGCUCGACCGCACGAAGCUGAUCUACUACAGCACGCUGCAGCCGUGGCUCGCGAUCUGGGGCCUGUUCUGGACGGUCCUGUUCGUGCUGAUCAACGGGUUCGAGGUGUUCUUCAACUGGGACACGUCGCUCUUCAUCACGUCGUACAUCAACGUGCCGAUCUUCUUCGCGCUGUGGAUCGGGUGGCGCGUGUACAAGCGCACGCGCUUCUGGCGCGCGAGCGAGAUGGACUUCGUCACGGGCAUCCCGUCGGUCGAGGAGACCGAGGUCCCCGAGGAGCCGCCGACGACGCUCGGCGGCAAGAUCUUCAACGUGCUCUUCUGAGCGCCCCGCCCGCAUCCCGCGUCGCGUGCGUGGACUGCCCCCGUCCUCCCCUCCGUCUCCGUAUCGUGUUCCCUGUCGUGUAGUCGCGUGGUCGUGUAGCUGUGUAGUGGCGUGGCGCGGCGAGGCGUGGCGCGGGCCUGUGUAGCGGGUGUAGGCGGCGUGCGUGCGUGCGUGCGUAUACGAUAAUUCAUGUCGCGGUCCUGAUCUUGAGCCGUCGCGGCGGCGUCCGAGUAUAUAGUACAUAGUACUUUGUUAUUGCUCUUUCCCUCGUCUCUCUGUCUCUAUCACUGCGCGAGCAACGAUCAACGAUCGAUCGAUGCUUUGCGCACGCGCGCUCUGUGGGUCUUGCGUAUGAGGGGACGCGGGCAACACGUCGAGCCCGGUCGUGCAAAGAAAAGGAAAGAGACACAAUAAAACACCGGAUGCGGCGUUGUUUUUGUGAGACGAGGGGAAGGGUGGUUAAAGGCUACAGUCGGGAGUGAUAAGCUACACCUGCACGACGCCGACGCCGACGCCGUCCGUACGAGACAGCCUCCCCUGCUCUCGCCCAACCUCGCCCCCCCCCCUGCACGGCCCACCCCCCGUGCCUACACACGCUGCUCCGCGGCACCGCGCCCCGGCACCGCGCGUGCGAUCCUAGAGCUUGACGAACUGGGCCUGCAUCCAG